AUGGAAGAACCUCGUCUGAACCGGAUGAUUGGCAUCCGGAUAGAAAAUCAAGACACUCCUCUGCGACGAUCUGAAUCUGAACCGAAUUUGGACUCCAACGUAGCCAGAGGUUUGGUGGCUCUACAGUCAGUUGCCCAACAGGGAUCGUGUGACAGUUCGUCUCUGAGAACACUGGGCUCUUCCGAGGAGCCGGGUGACAGUUCGUCUCUGAGAACCCUGGAUGCGAGACCGUCCACGACCAGCGGCUUCGGAAUCUCAGUUACGGAAUCUCAGACCUCUGGCUACACCACGGAGAGUAGCUACCAAACACCCACAGGAUAUGCCCUGCUGUCGGAAUCCAGUUCCUAUGCCAGCAUCGGAAACCACCAUGGGCUACCUCCAUCGAACUUUCAGCGAGAUAUUCAUGUCCCCAUCGAUAUCCCACCCACUGAGGAGGAGACCCAGUCUAUUCACGAGAAUCUAAGGGAUUUGCUGACCACCGAACUGGCUCUCAUCAGCCAGGACGACGCAUCAGUCGUCUAUUUGAUCGCAUACCAUUACAUGUAGGACACCUUCGUCUCAAGCUGGUGAUGGACAUCCAAAAUUUUGAGUGCCUUUCGAAGAUCAAAAUUUUUAAUAUUUUAUUUGGUUUAACAAAAGCAAGCUAUUUUAAUUUGGAAGAUAAUUGGUGGAAAUCCUUUAUAAAGAAAACUGAAGGGUAAAUUAGAAAUAAACUAAUGCAAUAGACCACAAA